AGUACGAGAGCGAUAUCAACGAGAGGACAUGAGUUGAAUUUUGGGAGCUUUGGGACUGCGUCCUUCGAGUGGAAGGACGGUCGUAUCAUCCCCAUUCAUGAUGGUUUUGGGGUGUAACAGAAACAAGAGGAUAUACUCUUAAAAGUUCUAGUCGAUUUUGCAACAACAAGGUCCUCUUCAUCGCGGCAUAAAUCAAGCUGGUCAUCUUGACUUGGAGUGAUUGAUUCAUCAGAGGGCUGCAGAGGGUGCUUCUAAAAGGGACUAGUCAGGAUACCUUCAUUCCCUUUUUUCUUGGCUCAAGCUUUUGUGGAUUGCAUUUCUGAACGGUGAGAUUCUUCGCAGCUCGACCUAGACGAAGAAACAAGAAGAAGAAAAAUUGUUCCAUUUCUCUUCUCGAAGUAAAGAAAAGGUUCCGAAAUUCUUUCCUUUGUCUGCUAGCUGGAAUUAUCGAGAUAUACACAGCAGAGCUUAUCGAACUCCACCCAUUCGCUCCUUUUCCAACCCAUCUAAAUAGUCGACUUUCCGAUCUGUUAUCUCCGAAAGAAUCUAUGGAACUCGCAGGUCCUCUUUUAGAAACCGUCAAAGGUUUAUGGGGCUUGGCCAGUAAACCCGUGGGCUACAUUUAUAAUCUGAAAGAUAACGUCCGCUUAUUGGAUGAAAAAAAUAAAACCCUGAAGUCUAUGAGCGGAGAUGUGAAGACGAAGGUGGAAUGCGAAGAAGUAGAAGCACAUGUGGGGCCCACGAAACAGGUGGAGGACUGGUUAGGCAGGGUGCAAAAGUUUUUCGGUGAAGUAGAUCAAAUUCUUCGAGAAGCCAGGGAACGUGACGAAAUCAAAUGUCUCAGUCGUUGGCUUCCUCGGAACUGUUGGUCAAGUUAUAAAUUGGGGAAAAGAGUUGAUCAAUUGCUCAAUGAAAUGAGACAGCUCCAAAAUGAGAGAGAAAAAUUUAUAGACCUCACGUCACCGUUGCCUCCUCCUCCAGUGCUCAAGAAGCCUAUGGACAAGCCCGUGGGGCUUGAUUUUUCUCCUAAUAAAGUGUUGAAAUGGCUCGUGGAUGAAAAACAAGUAGGAGUGAUUGGGUUGUAUGGAACGGGCGGUGUGGGUAAGACAACCUUCAUGAAAAGGAUCAAUGAGGAGCUUUCGCAUGCAAAUCACAAAUUCGAUGUCGUUAUUUGGGUGGUGGUUUCAAGACAAGUGAAUGAAGAUAGCAUUCAAGAUGCCAUAAGGAAAAGGCUGAACAUUACAGAUGAGAGCUGGGGAAGAUGGACCCAAGAUGAUAGGAUCAAUCAUUUGUUGAAACGUUUGACCAAUAAGAAGUUUGUGUUGUUGAUUGAUGAUGUUUGGGAGAGGCUGGACCUUUCCAAAAUCGGAGUUCCUCCUCCUAGUUUCGAGAAUGGGUCCAAAGUAGUAUUCACUACUCGGUCAGAGCAAGUAUGCUACCAAAUGCAAGCCGACAAAAUCCUCGAAGUACAGUGCUUGAACUUCAAAGAAGCCUUGGCAUUAUUUGAGAACAACGUCGGCAAAUCGACUAUAGAUUCUCAUCCAGAUAUUCUAGAGCUGGCAAAGGACAUUGUGCAAGAGUGCAAAGGGCUACCAUUAGCCCUUAUAACAGUUGGGCGAGCCAUGGCCGGCAGAAAGAAGCCCUCUGAGUGGAAGGGUGCGCUAGGAACGCUCAAGAAUAUUCCAUACAAACUGUCAGGUAUGGUGGAGGAUGUGUACCACAUACUAGAGUUCAGUUAUAUUAGCUUAAAUGACUCUACCGAUCAACUUUGCUUCCUUUACUGUUGUCUCUUCCCUGAGGAUUACCACAUAGGAUCACGUGACCUUAUUGAACUCUGGAUUGGAGAGGGCUUGCUAGGAGACACCAAUGAUGUAUACAAUAUGCGGGAGAAGGGGGAGUAUAUCUUGGGGAGCUUAAAGAUGGCUUGUCUAUUGGAAAGUGGGCGUGAUGAUGAUGAGGAAGAGUAUGUAAAGAUGCACGACGUUAUCCGCGACAUGGCGAUCUGGAUCGCUUGUGACCACGGGAAAAAUGAGAACAAGUUGCUAGUGAUAGAGAAUGAAGAAGAUAUGUCCACAAAAGGGAUGUCCAAAUGGGGGGAAGCGGAGAAAGUAUCUCUAUGGGGAAAAUGGAUUUCGAAUAUCCACCAAGCACCACUUGGGUGUUCCCAGCUCAGAACUUUGAUUGUAAGGGAAACUAAAGUGAGUGUCUUGCCAGGAGGAUUUUUCGAGUCGAUGGCGGCUUGUUUGACGGUCCUUGACCUGUCUGACAAUGACAAUAUCAAGUCAUUCCCCGAAGGGAUUUGCAAUUUGAUUAGCCUACAAUACUUGAACUUGUCACGCACUUGUAUCAGAGAGUUGCCCAAGGAAAUCAGCAACUUGACUUGUUUACAGUGGUUGCUGCUAUACUAUAUGAAGAAGCGCAUCCUAAUUCCGAUAGGGGCAAUUGCAAGCUUACCGUUGAAUGUGUUCAGCAUGUGGGGAUCGAGUCUAGAGAAUGAAGAGGAGGUGGUGGAGGAACUAGGGCGCAUGCAAGGUCUCACAGAUUUAUCUAUCAAGGUGAACAAAUCUUCCUCUGCCCUAAAAAUAUUCCAAUCCUUUCAGAGAUGCAUAAGGAGAGUAGGUAUCGAGAAUUGCGAGGGCUUGACCCACAUCCCAAUAAGUCACUCAUUAAAAGAGAGCGACAAUUUCUCGCAUUUAGAGGUGCUUCAUUUAUACGAUUGCCAUAUGCUCGUGAAGAUGGAGAUUAAUCAAGGGAUAGGACAAGCGCCCAAGAGCUAUUGCUUCCCCAGCCUCGUUGAGGUUAGUGUCUCCAAUUGCGGAUUUUUGGACUUGUCCUGGCUUGUGCACACUCCGAAACUCCAAAGUUUGAUAGUCUGGCGCUGUCAUUCGAUGGAUAAAAUAAUCGGGGAUGGAAUUGCAAGAGAGGAAUUAGCUGCUUCAGGACUCUUCUCACGUCUCAAAUUCCUAGGCGUCUCCGCUCUUCCAAAACUAAGGAGCAUUUGCGACCACGCUCUACUUUUCCCUCAAGGGGUGGAGUUCCUCAUAAUGGACUGUCUUGGUCUUAGAAAGUUACCGUUGGACUCGAACGGAAUGAGGGGAAGCUUCUCGAUCGAAGCGGAAAAAGGCUGGUGGGAGGAGUUCGAGUGGGACCCAGCCGCCCGGGUCACUUUCCAAUGGCCUGGUGUGGGUCCCGUAGAGGAAAUGACAUAUGGAGAGGCAGCACGUAAAAUCAAAGAUGAUAAGUACUUCAACUUCGCCAAGCUGGAAUUCCUAGCCUAGGGAGAGGAGUGAGCGAGGUGGGGUCUUUCUUUUAUUUUAUUGAGGGAAGAGGGAGAGAGGGAGAGAGGGAGAGAGGGGAGGUUGAUGAGUGUAAAAUACUAAUUAAUUAUUAUUGUUAGAACAGAGUUGAGUUCCGUUUGGGGUUUGGGGAGCAGGGUCUCUUUCCAUUCCAUUCCAUAGCUUUUUAUGUAUUCUCUUCUCUGUUGGCAUCCCUCCUACGUGACGUCUGGGGGCGUAAAAUGAAAGAUGAGUUCUGUUUGCACU